AUGUCAAAUACUUGCGUUGCGAUCGACCCCAAUGGUGACACUCUAGUCAUCCUUGCAACCAAGCAGGACCCUCCUCCCUCCAAAGAACCCACCGAACCUGCUGGCACCACCGAGUCACCGACAUUCAUCGAGAAACAUUUUCUCUGCUCUCAGAAGCACCUGACACUUGCAUCGCGUCGUGCUUCUAAGUUGUUCUCAAGCGCCUUCAAAGAAGCUUCAAAACAAGACGAUGGUCUUUAUCAUUGGAACUUUGGGGAUGUUUUCGAUGUGCAAGCCUUUGAGGUGGUCUUAAAAAUCAUACACGGAAAAACCCGCGGAGUUCCUCAAUAUGCUGGAUUAGAUCUUCUAUCAAAAGUCGCUUCUAUUGUUGAUGAUCUGGAGUGCUAUGAUGCUCUUUCGUUCUGCACUGAGAGAUGGCUUUCGUCAUACAGUACGCUUUAUACACUGCCGGAAAGAAUGGAUAAGACACUGGCACAACUUAUUCUCGUUUCUUUUGUGUUUGCGAAUAAACAUAUCUUCCGAAAGUGUAUACAAAGAGCUGCUCGGUAUACCUGCGAGGGCAUGCCUACAUUUGACCUACCAAUCCGCGCAGAUAUUCCAAGGCGCAUUGAAGAAAGCAGGACAGAGGUCCUGCAGUACCUAGUUGAUGUACUAUAUAAGGUUCACGAUGACCUUCUUCAGCGGAAGCUGGGAUGUAGUGAAGGUUGUAGAGCUUUGCUCCUAGGAUCUUUGCUACAAGUCAUGGCAGCAGCCUGCUUGUACCCACGACCCGAAUCUCCUUUUUACUCGCUUAGACUCGACUCGAUUAUCAGUUCUCUGCGCGACAUGCAGCCAUCGAUGUAUUACAGUUCGGUAACAGGGAGCCUCGCAGGGAAACAUUCGGGUACAUGGCUACUACAUCAGCAGCCAGCAUCUCCACCUGCUUCCUAG